CACAAAAAUAGACGCUGAUGACAAACAGUCCGGUGACGUGUAUCGGAAGGAGAAGGAGAAGAAGGAGAGCUCCGGUGGCGCGGCAGCGGUGCUGCCCGGACGCUCACCCCGAAUUGCAGAGCUCUUUUGCGGGCGCUUCGCCCUUCCCUCGCCCCCCCCCCCCCCUCCUCCUGAACCAUGAAGCGGCAGAACGGCCGCACCUUGGCGCUCAUCGUCAGCAUCCUCACCUACCUGGUGGUGGGCGCCGCCGUGUUCGAGACGCUGGAGUCCCGUGAGGAGCGCGGCCACAAGCGGCGGCUGGAAGUGCGGCGCCAGGAUAUGAUGCGUAAAUUCAACCUGAGCCGGGACAACUUCGACGAGCUGGAGCAGGUUGUCGCCCAGCUGCGCGCGCACAAAGCGGGCGUGCAGUGGCGCUUCGCCGGCUCCUUCUACUUCGCCAUCACUGUGAUCACCACCAUAGGCUACGGCCACGCGGCCCCGAGUACGGACUCGGGAAAAGUCUUCUGCAUGUUCUACGCCCUACUGGGCAUCCCGCUCACCCUCGUCAUGUUCCAGAGUAUGGGCGAGCGCAUCAACACGUUGGUCCGCCACCUGCUCCACCGAAUCAAGAAGUGCCUGGCCCUACGCCACACCGAGGUCUCCAUGGCCAACAUGGUGGCGGUGGGCUUCCUCUCCUGCUUGGGCACCCUGUGCAUGGGGGCGGCCGCCUUUUCCCGUAGCGAGGGCUGGAGCUUCCUGCACGCUUUCUACUACUGCUUCAUCACGCUCACCACCAUCGGCUUCGGCGACUACGUGGCGCUGCAGCGGGACGACGCGCUGCAGAAGGAGCCGCGCUACGUGGCCUUCUGCUUCGUUUACAUCUUGACGGGCCUGACGGUCAUCGGCGCCUUCCUCAACUUGGUGGUGCUGCGGUUCCUCACUAUGAACGCCGAGGAUGAGCGAAGGGACGCCCUGAGGCAAGGGGCCCCGGGGAACGCCGGCAAGUCCGCUUCGGAGAUGGCGUGCCUGGUGCCGCCCGCCGCCUCCGCGCCAUCCACGCCUAAAGAUGUCUACAGGGAGGUGCUGCACUUCCAGACCAUCUGCUCAUGCCUGUGGUACCGCAGCGAGGACAAGCCAUUAGGACGCUCCCACGCCGUCCCCCAGGAACUGGGCUUUUCUAACGCUUACCCGCCGCGGGACAGGACACGUUACGUCGAGACGGCGACCACGGGUUGCGUGUGUACGCCGCGCCGGCGCUCCAAGAAGCGCCUGGACAUUCUCUCGCCGUUACGACUAUUUAUUAGGCGCAGCUCCGUGUAGCGGACAAAAGUCAACUUGUGGUGCUAAGCAAACUAACAGGUAGUGAACUUAACAUCUGGACAACCAACUUGAAAGGAGAAUGGUGUGCCCCGAAUGGAAACGAUACAAGAACGAUUUGAAAAGGGGCCACAGAAGGACUCAAAAGAAACAUCCAAGUGAUGAAGUAACAUUUUCAAUCAUCGCAAUGGUUGCUCAACAAAAAAAAAAUUAGCCACAUAGUUGCACUGAAGUUAAAUCACAAAGUAAUCAUCGUUCCCGAAAAGACAAAUAGGGGGGGGGGGGGGGGUAAGUAGUAGAUGCUAAGGGCACUAUUUUUAGCGACUAUCUUUAGCGGCGGCUGCAUUGGCAGAUGGGGAGGGGCUUUGCCAUGUUAGCACAAAGGAUAAUUAGCAAGCUGUCAAUCACUGCCGCCAAUAGACCAUAAUUAGAAAAGUCCACUUUAAGCAUAGGGACACUUGACAUCAUUGUUUAUUCCUAAAAAUGAGUUUCUUUGUAAUCGACGCAAUGUAUAGAAGCUGCUGCAUUUGGAAUUCUGACCCAGGUCCAGUUCCGGGCGAUGGUGCUAUAAACAACACAGCACAAUGACAUGGGAGUCGUACGACAACUCUCCGCCACUACAUCGAGGCUCGCGAGGCCUGGCAGGCCGCCCGCGAAGGCCGCCUUCGGCCAUUAAACCAUCGACAGAAGGAGCAUCCGUUGGACAAAUCCCUGUAUUGAACCCCCGCCGGCCGAGCAUCUGCUGUUUGUGCAUUGGCAGCCGAUGUCACUUUUCCAUGUCAGAGCCCAAAAAUAGUCCCCCUGAGAAGGUCAGCCUCCAUAUUGAAUGCACCAUCGGGUCCCCGAAACGGUGGAGCUAUUUUAAAUGUACCUGGCAACACUUUGCUGAACCAGCACACCUUUUUGUGUAGCUGCCACGUGAUAUUUUUCUUCUUCCACAGCCAAUGUCGCAUCAUUUUGGGCGUGUUAUUGAUGAUGACAAAAUGGCAAAUAUUCAACUGGACGCUGAUAAAUGUUAUUUUAAUAAUGCUUAUAUUUUUUAGAGCUAUAUAUAUGAUCAUUAUUUUAUUUGGAUUAAUAAAUCCUCCUAUGAUAUAA